GUGUCUUAUAUUCAAAAACCACAGGCGCCUCGGUGAAAUAUUGACUACUAACAUGAAGACCGGCACCUCGUAUCUUCCACGCAUCGGUCACCCGGUACUUAAACAUAUUGCACCUUCUUUACUCAACCCACACCAUUUACCUCCAAACCUGUAAUUCCCUCUUCAUCAUCAUUUCUUUUUUCCUCUCAAACCUCCUGUUUAGCUUCAAGAAUUCUUGCUGAUUAUUAAUUUAGAAGUUAAAAUGUCAAAUAUAGACAUUGAAGGAAUCUUGAAAGAGCUUCCAAACGAUGGGCGUAUUCCAAAGACAAAGAUUGUAUGCACGCUUGGGCCGGCUUCUAGGUCAGUAGCAAUGUGUGAGAAGCUUCUAAGAGCUGGUAUGAAUGUUGCCAGGUUUAAUUUCUCACAUGGGACCCACGAUUACCAUCAACAGACAUUGAACAAUCUCAAUAUAGCAAUGCAAAAUACUCAGAUCUUGUGUGCCGUCAUGCUUGAUACCAAGGGCCCCGAGAUUCGAACUGGUUUUCUAAAGGAUGAGAAACCUAUUCAACUGAAAGAAGGUCAAGAGAUCACUAUAACCACCAAUUACACCAUCAAGGGUAAUGAGGACAUGAUCUCCAUGAGCUACAAGAAACUACCCGUUGACUUAAAGCCCGGCAACACCAUCCUGUGUUCUGACGGGACCAUAACUCUAACGGUCAUUUCAUGUGAUCAGGCGGCUGGGACCGUCCGUUGUCGCUGUGAGAAUACAGCCAUGCUAGGCGAGCGGAAAAACGUGAAUCUUCCAGGUGUCAUAGUUGAUCUUCCAACACUCACGGAGAAGGACAAAGAAGAUAUCCUUGGAUGGGGUGUCCCUAACAACAUUGAUAUGAUUGCGCUUUCGUUUGUUCGAAAAGGCUCGGAUCUUGUUAAUGUACGCAAGGUUCUUGGCCCUCAUGCCAAGAGAAUACAGUUGAUGUCUAAGGUUGAGAACCAAGAAGGAGUGGUCAAUUUUGAUGAGAUUUUACGUGAGACUGACUCGUUCAUGAUUGCUCGUGGAGAUCUAGGAAUGGAAAUCCCAGUUGAGAAAAUCUUCUUGGCACAAAAAAUGAUGAUUUAUAAAUGCAAUCUUGCUGGAAAACCGGUUGUGACAGCCACACAAAUGCUCGAAUCCAUGAUCAAAUCACCCCGGCCCACCCGUGCGGAGGCCACAGAUGUCGCCAAUGCGGUCCUCGAUGGCACAGACUGUGUCAUGCUUAGUGGAGAAAGUGCAGCCGGAGCAUACCCGGAGAUCGCUGUGAAAACAAUGGCUCGGAUUUGCAUAGAAGCGGAAUCAUCUCUGAAUUAUGGGGUCAUCUUUAAAGAGAGAAUAAAGUCUACCCCUUUACCAAUGAGCCCAUUGGAAUCUCUUGCAUCAACCGCUGUUAGAACAGCUAACAAGGCUAAAGCGAAGCUGAUAGUGGUGCUAACCAGGGGUGGAACCACUGCCAAGUUGGUGGCAAAGUACAGACCAGCGGUCCCUAUCUUGUCGGUCGUGGUUCCUGUUUUAGAUACCGAUUUAUUUGGUUGGUCGUGUAGUGAUGAAGCGCCAGCUAGGCAUAGUCUUGUAUACAGAGGAUUAAUUCCCAUUCUUGCUGAGGGAUCUGCUAAAGCUACAGAUGCAGAGUCAACUGAAGAGAUUUUGGAAGCCGCUUUGCAAUCGGCAACUAGGAAAGGGCUGUGCAAGCCUGGUGACUCGGUUGUGGUGCUACACCGCAUCGGUGGCGCCUCGGUCAUCAAGAUUUGCAUUGUUAACCGACUUUUAUAACUACUUAUUUUGUUUUGUCAUAUCGGUUUAGGUUCACAUGUGCAUUGUGCACCUUAUGCUCGGGUUUUUUUUUUGUCAUAUGCUCUAUUGUUUGCUUAAGGAUAUACGUUGGUAAUAAAGGUUAUUAGAGCAGUUGUAUCUUUAAUUAAGAUUAAUAAAGAGACGUCUUUCAAAGAA